AUGCGCGCAAGCACAAGACCAUCGAGAACGAAAGGUCAUUUGCGAUAUGGCUCCACGGACAUGGCUCCUCCGCAGCUAGAUGGCGAAGAUAUCGGCCAGCUGCAAAAGUCUUCUACGCCUCAACUGCGGCAUCUCAGUAAGAUGGCUGCGCAGAAUGAAUCUACUGAAGAUCUGAGCGUGCAUUCUCCUGCUGAGCAGGUGAUGGGCCUUGCAGGGAGGAGAAAAUUGCAACGAUCUGGAACUGUGAAGCCCAAAACGCCAAAUCAAUCGCAAUUUUCCUCCCAAUACUCGAGCACCAAAUGGAUGGACACGCAAAGAAAGCAUUUAGCUGCGUAUGAGUACCUUUGUCAUAUUGGAGAAGCACGAGCUUGGAUAGAGGACGUCCUAGAGCCCGAGAAGUUGCCUCCUAUUGUGCAACUGGAGGAGGCGUUUCGAGAUGGUGUCACUCUUGCAGAAGUGGUGGUCAGGCUUGCGCCCAAAUUAUCUCAGGAGCAGCAGCAAGGGCUGGGCUCGAAACGGAUAUGGCGAGGGUCGCCACUCACUUUCCGGCAUACAGACAACACUGCGCUUUUCUUUCGAUUCCUGGCCGAGAUCGGGCUUCCAGAACUGUUUAGAUUUGAGCUGAUCGAUCUAUAUGAGAAGAAAAAUAUCCCCAAGGUCAUCUACUGCAUACACGCAGUCUCAUGGCUCUUAUUCCGACAAGGCAUCACCGAGUUCCGAAUCGGCAAUCUGGUGGGUCAGCUCCAAUUCGAGGAACAUGAACUUGAGGCUACGCAAAAGGGCAUCGAUAAGAGUGGUGUUCAGAUGCCCAAUUUCGGUGGCAUGCGCGAAGCGAUGCAGAUCGAGGAAGAACCAGAGCCACCACCACCCACCGAAGACGAGCUGCUGGCUGAGCAGGAGGACAUGAUCGCUUACCUGGUGAGGAAACAACUUCAUCGGAAACGGGAAGCCUGGUCGGAAAACAAGGCCGCGGUAGUCAAAGUGCAGAAUCUGUGGCGUGGCCGACAAGCGAGAGCACAGACGAAGACUGUUCGCAAAGAGCUGCAAAUGCAACGGCACGGGGUGAAAGAACUGCAAGCUGCACUUCGCGGUGCAAUAGGACGUUGGCGGGCUGGCGACUUGUGGCACGAGACCAGGACCGAAGAGAAUGAGGCCAGAGUCGCCGAGUUCCAAGCAGCGGCCAGAGGUGCCCUUGAGCGCAUGCGUGUGGGUGGAAUCAUGAAUCAGCUCUGGGACAAGGAGGAUACAAUUACCAAAUUUCAGUCAAUGCUACGCGCUCAAGUUGUAAGAUCGUUACACACAGAUACGCAAGAAGAGUUGCAAACGACACAGCAGGGUCUGGACAUCGUGAAGCUGCAGGCAGCUGCGAGAGCUAUGAUCGAGCGACGACAACAAGCGGUCGCGCAUGGGGAACGCAAAUAUGAGGAACCCGCCAUCGUCCAAGCCCAAUCCGCCGCGCGAGGACUCAUUGCACGAUUACGACAGGCGCGAACAUUGGGCGCACUCCAAGGGCGCGAGACCACGAUCGUGAAGUUUCAAACCCUGCUGCGAGCACAGGCAGUACGAUCGCAGCAUCAGGACACUCGCGAAAAUCUUUCUUCGCAAGGAGAGCAAAUCGUCAAAUUCCAGGCUCUUCUUCGUGGCCAAGCUGAGCGCUCACUAUACCAGGAUGUGCGAGAAGAGCUCCAAAAGCACACUGAAGGUGUGAAGAGCCUGCAGUCAGCGGCUCGAGCUAUGCUACAUCGUAAAAGCAUUGGCGAGAAGCUUACUGUGUUGGAAGAGCAGGAAAGUCAGAUAACGGCACUGCAAUCUCUCGCAAGGGCGUAUACCGAACGGCAGCGCAUCUUCGAUCAGCUUGUCGGCAUGGAAAAGGAAGAAGAGAGCAUCACGCAAGUACAGUCUCUGGUACGCGGGCUGCUUGAACGAAGUCGCAUUGGCGAGCAAUUGGCUGAAAUUGAGGAGCACGAAGCGGCUGUCGAAGAGCUACAAUGUGCAAUUCGUGGCUUCCGAGUGCGCAAGCAAUUUGCUGACAAGCGCAAGCACUUCCGGGAGAACAUGAAGAAAGUCAUCAAGCUGCAGUCGUUCGUCCGUGCCAAGCAGCAAGGCGAGAGCUACAAAUCCCUGGUCAAUGGCAAGAAUCCACCUUUGCCUGUCAUCCGUAAACACGUCCACCUGCUCACCGAUAGCAAUCUGGAGUUUGAGAGUGAGAUUGAGUCGGAAAGGAUGCGAAGACAAGUGAUUGAGAGCGUUCGUCGAAACGAGCUGGUCGAGAGCUACGUCGAAGGUCUGGAUGUCAAGAUCGCCCUGCUGGUCAAGAACAAGAUCACACUGGAUGAGGUUGUAAAGCAUCAAAAACAUUUCGGUGGAUCGGCAUCACAACUGCUACGCAACGGUACUCAGCUCGCACAACCGUCUGGCUUGGAUCUGAAGGCACUCAACAAGAACUCUCGCAAGAAACUCUCCGGCUAUGAAGAGCUGUUCUUCUUCCUCCAGACCCAGCCCCAGUACCUGGCGAGGGCAUUCGCUGUGCUUACGCAACGAGGGCUAGCCGAGAAGGAAAGCAAGCAUUUUGAGCGACUUAUGCUCACGUUGUUCGGCUACGCACAGAAGAGCAGAGAGGAAUAUCUGUUCAUGAAGGUUCUUGCUACGAGCAGCCAGCAGACGAUCGCACGAUGCCAGAACGUAGAAGAUUACAUGCGUCAGUCUGGCGGUACAUUCCAGCAACGGCUCACUCUCAACUACCUCCGUAACCCGCGCGAACGAUCUUAUCUCAAGACUCUGCUCGGCGGUAUGAUCAGAGAUGGAAUUUGCGGACAAGACCAUCUCGACCUAGAAAGUGAUCCCCUACAGAUCUAUCGUGCCAUCCUCAACAACGAGGAGCUGCAGACUGGUGUGCCAUCACAACGGCCACGCGAUAUCCCUCGAGAGAUGGUCAUCAGACAGGAGGAUGUCAGGCCUAGAUAUGUCGAACAUUUGGAAGAUCUGCGCGACCUUGGAGAUGGCUUCUUCUCGUCUUUGGAAGAGUCUUUGAUUCGCAUGCCGUAUGGGCUUCGGUACCUGGUCACCGAACAGCAUCGCGCUCUUUGUGCACAAUUUCCUCGCGAAGAUCCUGGUGGGUUAGCCAUGCUCGUAGGAGCGUGGCUGUGGAGAACAUACGUCCUUCCAGCGCUGAGAGAGCCUGAGAUGUGGGGAGUGGUAGAUCGUGGUCUCAGUCCUGCCCACAAACGCAAUCUGGCGCAGGUUGUGACAGUACUCGGCCAGGUCUGUAGUGCUGGGCGCUUAUUUGGUGCCGAGAACCUCUACCUCCAGCCUCUCAACAACUGGAUCAGUGAAUCUCUCGACAGGUGGUCAGAAUGUCUGCAGCAUCUGUUCGAUAUCCCUUCGCCAGAGGAGCAAUACCACGCGGACCAGUUCUCCGACUUAUAUUCCAUGACCAAACCGGUGCUUUAUAUCAAGCUUGCAGACAUCUUCGCGCUGCACAGCCUGAUCUCAGACAACAUCUCUGCUGUGGCACCGGACAGAAGCGACCCUAUCAAGGAGCUACUGGCAGAUCUAGGAACAGCGAAGAGCAAUGAAAGCGAUCUUGGUGGCGCUACUAACGGUGGUGAAAUCACCUUGACGCUCAAAUCGCGCUUCACGGUCCAGGACGAUCCAAGCGCCGAGUCCCGACAGCUCUUCACAGCUACGAAGCGACUGGUCCUAUAUAUCAUUCGCGUACAGUCCGGAUCCAACUUGAUGGAGAUCCUUCUUCGACCCAUUACGCACGAAGAUGCCGAUCGGUGGAUUUCACUUGUGCAAGAAGAGCUUGCUGAGAAAGAAAGGAGUAAUCAUCGACCAAAUCACAAGCGCUCGACGUCCCACUUCGACCCUCGCAUGACAUACGCCGAACUGAAGUCUUCCUGCCUGGAAAACAUCCUCCAGCUCGAACAGCCACACAUCCCACCACAAUUCCGCGUUUCCAGACACAACAACUACCAGGAAAUUCUCAACGCUCUCGCAGCCGACAUUCGACAGAAGCAUCGCAGACGAAUCGAACGGCAACGUGAAACUGAGACUACGCGUGCUACGAUCCAACAGCUCGACACGAAAGCUCAAUUCUUGGAAGAUCAACUCAAGUCCUACAACGACUACAUCGAACAAUGUCUGCACACACUUGCCAACAAAAAAGGGAGCAAACACAAAUUUCUCAUGCCUUUUACUAAGCAAUGGUCUCAUGAACGCGAACUGGAGCGUGCUGGCAGACAGCCGAAGUUCGGAUCGUACAAGUACUCAGCACGGCAGCUUGCUGACAAGGGCGUGCUGUUGAGUUGGGCGGGCUACCAACAAGAACACUGGGGCAAUUUGAACAUUGUCAUCAGUUCGGAUGAAGUUGGUGUGUUCCACUUGGAAGCUAGUUCGGGGAGUAUGAUGCUACCUGGAGCGAGUGCAAACCUCUUAUUGGAUGACCUGUUGCAGGCACAAUAUGACAAUCGCAGCAGUAUUAGUGUGUUUGAAGAGAGUCAACAGGGCGGAGCGAAGUUGGCGGUGAAUUUGUUGCUGCAUUUGGUUUUUAAGAAGUUUUAUAAAGAUGGGUAG